AUGCCGAGACUUUACGAUGACCUCAAGGUAGCAGAGCGCAGCGUGUUCUCAAACCCGAUCUCGCCAGGUGACGCAGAUGCUGGGUCAAAAAAUGGACCACCUCCUGCUACUGCUGGUAAACCGAAAACAGAAGGCGUUACGACAUUCGAUGGUGUCGAUUUAAAUGACAUCCCCGGGCUAGGUCGCAUGCGUGGCAUUUCGCCCACCCUCAUCAGCAAGGAUGGAAGGACCUGUACAGCUGCCAGCCAGAAAGAAAGCCCCUGCGAGAAUGUAUUCGACGGUGACACAAAGACCAUUUGGCACAGUCAGUUUAAGCCCAAUCUCGCCCCAUUGCCACAUGAAAUCACAAUAGACAUGAAAAAGUCGUACACGGUCGGCAUGAUUACCAUUGUGCCUCGACAGGAUGGCUAUCAGAAUGGAAACACUGGUCGUCAUGUGAUCAGUCUAAGCUCGGAUGGUAAAACCUUUGUUACUGUCGCCCAUGGGACAUUCCUUGAUGAUGCGUCAUAUAACAAAAUUACCAACAUAGUCCCCACCAACGCACGCUAUUUAAAAAUUCAGGCGUUGAGCGAAGCAGGCAACCGGGGACCUUGGACAUCGAUUGCCGAAGUAACCGUGAACAAAGCCACUCAAGAUCUACCACCAAAACCCUCUGAAGGCAAGGGCGCUUGGGGUCCAACAGUCAAUUUCCCGUUGAUAGCCGUAUCAAUGGCAAACGUGUACUCUAACCAGGGUAUUCUGGCGUGGUAUUCAUACAAUCCGAAUACAUUCGGAGGGACCGAUGGGAAGACAACAGCAACAGCUCUGUUCAAGACCGAUGUUCUAACAAUAGAGCCAAUAAAAGUCACUAACAUCCAGCAUGAUAUGUUCUGCGAAGGGCUCUCGCUCGACUUCAAUGGCAUCGGCAUCUCAACAGGUGGAAAUACAGGGCCCGCGACAAGCAUCUAUGGUCCAGGUGGCUGGACAAAAGGCCCUGCUGGAUUUGUUUUUCAAGCAGGUCCAUCUAAGGCUAUGAAUUGGUACGAUACGACGGGAACAGGGUCACAGGCUGGUGCGGGCAACCGUGCCGCCGAUGGCCAUGCCAUGUGUGGUACUGCCGCCAUGUACGAUGCUACAGCUGGGAAGAUCUUGACAGCUGGUGGGUCACCUGACUAUCAGAACUCAGACGCCACAUCCAACGCCCACGUUAUCACCAUCGACCGAGUGAACGAACAUCCGACCGUCCAAAAGAUCACCAAUAUGGCAUACCAGCGCACGUUCCACAACAGCGUAAUUCUACCGGACGGAACCGUCUUCAUCGUUGGUGGUCAAAUAACCGCAAAACCCUUCAACGACGACGCUUCCCAACUCACCCCCGAGCUCUUCGAUCCCGCCACAAACGCCUUCACCCAAAUGGCUCCCAUGCAAGUCCCCAGGAACUACCACAGCACAGCCCUUCUCCUCGCCGACGCAACCGUCAUCAGCGCCGGCAGUGGCCUCUGCGGCCGCUGCUCCACCAACCACUACGACGCCCAAAUCUUCCGGCCCCCAUACCUCUUCAACGCCGCGGGCGCCCCAGCUACCCGCCCUGUCAUCACCGCCCUCUCUUCUGACAAAGUCGCACUAGGCGGCACAUUCAUAGCAAUCACGAAUGGCAAGGUGAAGGAAUUUAGUAUUGUCAGGCUGGGCAGUACGACCCACACGGUCAAUACGGAUCAGAGGAGGAUUCCGCUGAAGCCGACGGCGGAUAUGGGGAAUACGUAUACGCUCGCGCUUCCAAAUGAUGCGGGCGUGGCGUUGCCGGGUUAUUGGUUUUUGUUUGCGAUUGAUGCGGCGGGCGUGCCUAGUGUGGCGAGGACGAUUAAAAUGACGCCUUGA